UGACACUUGAUCAUCAUAGGAAGCCUGCUGUACCUCCUCCUCUUUUUUUUAAAUGAUAGUCUGAUAGAGGCGCACUCUCUGCAUAGAAGACGACUGAUUUUUUUUUUAAGGUUUCUGGCUUGCUGUGCACUCCAGCCCCUGGUGCUUUUAGAUGUCCAGUGGCUGAGACACAAAGUUCUUUGAGGAAUUCUGGAUAACUGGGCAGUUUUGUCUGAUUUAGCGGUGAAAGCACCAUGUCUCUCUCAGAUCACCACAUAUUUGUUGAACAGCAAAUCUCACACAAACUCAAAGCUAAAGUGUUGCGAGCUGAAAAUGUCACAAAGGGACCUCUUGGAGACCUGUUGGAUACCCCGGACCCAUAUGUGGAGUUGUUCAUCCCCACUUCCCCAGACAGCAGAAAGAAAACACAACAUAUAGACAACAACAUCAAUCCGGAGUGGAAUGAGGCCUUUGAAUUCAUCCUCGACCCCAACCAAAACAACGUGCUUAAGCUGACCUUAAUGGAUGCUAACUAUGUUGUGGAUGAAAUGUUGGGUACGGCUUCAUAUGACAUCUCUAAACUUAAAUUUGGACAAACAGUACUGGAGUCAUUUCUUAUAGGAAAAAUGACCAAAGUAUACUUAGAGCUUUCCUUGGAGGAGUGCACAGCAAUAGACCUGAGAUUCAAUCUGGACUUGUGCCCUAAAGAAAAGCUCUAUAAACAACACCGGCUUGACAGAGUCAUGCUGGGCAUCAAGAAAUUGUUGCACAUGGAGGAACCAUCCUCUCUCCCUUCCUCUCCUCAUGAGGUUCCAGUGAUUGCUGUGCUUGGCUCAGGUGGAGGUUUCAGGGCAAUGGUUGGGUUUUCAGGGGUUAUGAAAGCUUUGUAUGAGUCUGCGGUUCUGGACUGCGUCACAUAUGUUGCUGGCCUAUCUGGAUCCACGUGGUACAUGUCCACUUUGUACUCCCACCCAGAGUUCCCCACUAAGGGUCCAGAGCAGAUCAACCACGAGCUGAUGAAUCGUGUGAGCAAUAACCCUCUCCGACUACUCCUUCCCAAACACAUUACUAACUACGUACAGGCCUUGUGGAGCAAGAAGGCCGCAGGGCAGCCUGUUACCUUUACAGAUAUCUUUGGAAUGUUGAUAGGGGAGACUCUCAUUCCCUCUAGAAUGGACAUCAAGUUGAGCGAGUUGCAGGAAAAGAUAAAUGAGGCUCAGGCUCCUCUACCUUUGUUCACCUGCCUGCAUGUUAAACCAGAUGUCUCUGAGCUUAAGUUUGCAGAUUGGGUGGAGUUCAGUCCGUAUGAGAUCGGAAUGGCUAAAUAUGGAACCUUCAUGACCCCUGACCUUUUUGGGAGCAAGUUUGUCAGGGGUAAUGUGGUCAAGAAGCAUGAAGAGAACCCUCUUCACUUCCUAAUGGGUGUGUGGGGCAGUGCCUUCUCCAUCCUGUUCAACAGAAUUUUGGGAUUCAACGACGUACCCAACGGCAGCACAAUGGAGGAAGAACUAGAACAGAUUAAACCGGAACACAUUGUAGGAGAGGACAGUCUAGAUAAUGAUGAAGACCCACAUAAAGAGGACGAAUAUCAGGCCAGCUGGAUGCAGCGCAUGGUUAGCUCUCUCUUCAGUGACUCAGUUCUUUUUAAAACACGAGAAGGCAGAGCAGGAAAAGUCCACAAUUUCAUGUUGGGUUUAAACCUCAACAAUGAUGUGCCACUUUCUCCUUUCAGUGAGACCAUCAGUCUCAUAGAGGAAGAAGUUGACGCAGUCACAGACCCAUUUGAGUUUGAGCAUAUCUAUGAGCCGUUAGACGUAAAGAGCAAGAAAAUUCAUGUGGUGGACAGUGGCUUGACCUUUAACCUGCCUUAUCCCCUGAUUCUAAGACCUCAGAGAGGUGUUGACCUUAUUAUCUCCUUCGACUUUUCUGCCCGACCGAGUGACACUAGUCCUCCAUUUAAGGAACUUCUACUAGCUGAGAAAUGGGCACGAAUGAACAAACUUCCAUUUCCCAAGAUCGACCCGAAGGUGUUUGAUCGCGAGGGGAUGAAAGAGUGUUAUGUAUUUAAACCCAAUCAGGGAGAAAAGAACUGCCCUACUGUUAUUCACUUCGUCCUGGUCAAUAUUGAAUUCAGGACGUUCAAAGCUCCAGGUGUUCCACGUCAGACAGACAAAGAGAGAGAGUUUGCAGACUUUGACAUCUUCGAUGACCCAGAGACACCCUACUCAACCUUCAAUUUUCAAUAUUCUAAUCAAGCCUUCACCCAGCUACAUGAUCUUAUGGAAUUCAACACCCUUAACAACAUAGAGGUCAUUAAAGAAGGCAUAAAGGACAGUAUCUUGUAUAGGAAGGAGACUCCAUCUCGCUGCUCUGCCUCUUUUUCUCUCAGUCAAGUACAAAACAAAAAACACCCGAAGAGGGUGUCCAAAGGACAAGCAUGCCACCAAGCAGGCGGAGUAUGAUGGCAUUCUAGCCACAGGAAGUUUACAGAUGUCACACAUCUCAUCAUGGAAACACUUUUUCUAAACUUAAAAACACACUUCACAAACUGUGAAACCAGACGAUCUGGUUUUGGUUUCCAAAACCUCUUAUGUAGCCUUUUAAUGAUAAAAAGAGAAGUGGUGAGCGGCACAGUGAAAUGAUCAUUUACACUCUUAAUUAAAGUUGUGCAGGUGUUUUAGUUAUUCUACAAAUUUUAGAACUUCUGUUAAGAUACACAUUGUCUAUUUAAAGUGCAGAGAGAUUUACUUCUUUUUUUGUCAUUACUCACUCAACCUUAUGUAGUACGUUUGUUUUCAUUCCUUCGCAGAGCAUAAAAAUAUUUUGAAGAUCACUGGAGACCAAAAAACAUUGUCCUUCAUUGUAUAGAUGAACAAACACUUUUCUAAAUAUAUUUUUUGGUGUUGUACAAUAUGAGGGUGAGCAAAUGACAACAGAAAAGUUUCAUUUUUGGAUCAAACCUAUCCUUUUCUUACACAAAAUGAUCCUUUGAUAAUAAUAAUCAAAACAAGCCCAAGAAUGCGACCAAAAAGCCUUUGGCUUUGGUUCAUGAUUUAAUGCAACUGCUAAAACAACAUACGAGUCCUGGUUUAUGAACUGAGGGAGUGCCUCAACAAAAGAGCAACAUCCUGAAGUACAAAACAAAACAUGAAAGCAUGGCACCACUAUCCUGCUUAAGUCAGUAGGAGGGGUGUUUAUUUUAAGUUAUCGUUUAGAUGCAGAGAUAUUUUUUAUUUUAAGCGGUGUCAUUCGCUUUACCCUUAACCACUAUUGCCUUUUAAUAUCUGAGUGAAAGGGAAAAGAAAAGUAGUUAAUCCUCAAACCAACACUUUGAUAUCAGGAUGACAUUAUGUUCUGUACACAGAGAUCACGAAGGUAGCACAAAACACUUUAUAUAAUCGACUCCACUAUACCUGCUGCAACUGUGAACUUGGUAAAUGAUAACUAUAGAGGAAUGGCAGUUUAAGAUGUAAGUGUCAUGCUCUGUCUUAUUAUAACAUAUUUGAUCUUUUUGGGAUUUAUUGAGAAGGCCAUCAGCAGUUUGUAUGUGCAGACUCACUAUUCAUUUUGAAUACUUAUCUUAAAAGUGUAUAAUGUUUUAUUACAAAGCGUUUGUGUGCAUUGUUUACACUUAAUAUAAAAUGUAAAUAUGUAAACAAUUAUUUAUUGUCCUUAUAUUGCAUUUCCAUGUCAUCUUAGUCAAAACCAACAUGGUUUGAGGCAACAUAUCUUUGCAAAGGGUUAGGGCAUUAUGGCAGUAUUUUGUAUUUUCAGAAAGUUAUAUAGAAUAUUUUUCCCCUAAACAGAGACUGUUUACUGGCAGUAGUCAUUAGAUUUUUCCUAAGAAACUUAGUAAUUUCAGAGUCUAAUCAUAGCACACAAAAAAAUAGUAUAGUCAUUCUCAUUGCAUAACUCUCAAGAUUUAUUAUUAAGUAAGCAUAUCUUGUACAACAGAACCCACAGCAGAUCAGUGUUACAUCCAUUUAUACCUUCUAUGCUUCUACGCUUCGCCCUGGAAAAAUCAGGCAGACCUGGCCAACAAGUUUCUCAUGAAUGUUUUGCUAAGUUAUAGGGCUUUAAAUUAGAGUAAAUAAGUAAAUAAAACAGGACAGAAACAAAAAAAUGAUAGAUAUCACUGAAUCCUUAACAAUGAACUCAACCAUGCAUAUUUGUCACAUGAAGGAACUAAAGUAAAUAAUGAUUUUGAUGCAGAAGAUUCACUGCUAUUCUGUCAUUUCCUCACUCUCUGUGACUUUUGUGGAACCCAAAAGAAGAUCGUUUGUAGAAUGUUUUCAAACCACCCUUGAUUUCUACUGUAUUCUGUUCUUCUCUUAUUAUACUGUACUGAGCUUUCUUGAAAUUUGGAAUGACAUGAUGGUGGGUAAACGGUGACCAUUUUUAAGGUCACUAACUGAAUUAACAUUUACUCAAAUUAAAAUGAGGUAGAACUAAAUAUUUUUAAAAGAAAAAAGUUAUUAAAGCUAUUCUGAUACAUUUUA